GGGGACGUGUCUCAGCUCGGAGUCUUCUGUACCGACCCCAUCCCCAAAGGAGUCCGCUUCGGCCCUUUCCAAGGCAAAGUGGUCAACACGAGCGAGAUCAAGACUUACGACGACAACUCGCUGAUGUGGGAGAUCUUUGAAUACGGUGGCCUGAGCCACUUUAUAGACGGGAAGGGCGCCGCUGGCAAUUGGAUGUCCCUUGUGAACUGUGCCAGGUUCCCCGAGGAGCAGAAUUUGACGGCUAUCCAGUGCCAGGGACAAAUCUUCUACGAGAGCUGCAAGGAAAUCUUCCCGAAGCAGGAGCUGCUGGUGUGGUACGGCGAUUGCUACGUGCAGUUUCUGGGCAUCCCCAUCAGCUUGAAGGGCAUGGCAGAGGGGAAGAAACCCUCGCAGCACCCCGAAGAAGCCGGGGAGAGCUUCAAGUGUGAGCGCUGCGGCAAAGUUUUUGCCUACAAGUACUACCGGGACAAACACCUCAAGUACACCCGCUGCGUGGACCAGGGGGACCGCAAAUUUCCUUGUCACCUUUGUGACCGGUCCUUUGAAAAAAGAGACAGGCUGAGGAUCCAUAUUCUCCACGUUCACGAAAAGCACAGACCUCACAAGUGCUCUGUGUGUGGGAAGAGCUUUUCUCAAUCCUCCAGCCUGAACAAACACAUGAGGGUUCACUCUGGGGAGCGCCCCUACAAAUGUGUCUACUGCAACAAGGCGUUCACAGCAUCCAGCAUCCUGCGCACUCACAUCCGCCAGCACUCGGGGGAGAAGCCCUUCAAGUGCAAGCACUGCGGCAAAGCCUUCGCCUCGCACGCGGCCCACGACAGCCACGUGCGGCGCACACACAGCAAGGACAAGGGCUGCACGUGCUCCGUGUGUGGCCAGCACUUCCCCGAGCAGGAGGAUUACAACUUCCACAUGAAGAUUCAUGCUGCUCAUUAGUCAGGAACCCCGUGGACGUGUCCUGGACCAGCUCGUGUGUCUGUCGGUCUAUGUGAUCUGCUUGUGCGUGUGCGCAGCGCAGCAGGCGACACCUGCAGUGGUUCUUGGAGUAGGUCUGGUCUCCGCUCCCAGGGCACAUGACUGAGCACAGGAACAGGGUGCACCCUGAUGCUACUCUCCCUCUCCUCCCUCCUAAUCUCUAAAGGGAGGAAGGAGUUCUACCUCCCAAAACCCCUUUGUGCAUAAAUAUCACUGUGAGGCGUGUUUCUCCAUCUCUAAUGCCUGUGAACUGCUUGGUGCAGCCUGUAUCAAAGCUUGUGUGAGGGAUGUUUUUAUCAGGUGCAUUUCUCAGAGCUGAUUUAACUUGUUCAUGUUGUUUGGACAUGUGACCACAGGUAAUAUGGUCUACUUACCCUUAACACGUGUUUUAGUGAUGUUCUUUUUAAAUGUGAACUUCCUCAGAGAUACUGACGGCUGGACCGACAGAGAGCUAUUUUAAAUCAUUCAGCUGCUGGGAGACUGAGAGCUCCAGGGCUCAGACUUGAGGACUGUGAGCAACUCUUCCAGAGGGUGCUGGAUGCUGGUCAGCCCAGAAGGGAGAGAAGUGGGGUGUGGUAAGAUAUAUGCAGGCCUGAUAUCCCAGCUAGCAGAGAUAGUGGAGGUUUGUUUUGUCUUCUCAAGUGUUUGGAGGACCAAACACUGUGAUAUUCCUAAGUAUCGGUGAGUCAUUGGGUGGAUAACAAGCAGUUAAGUGGCCUCAGAGGUGUUUCAUUGUGGGCUCAGAACAGACAGACAGGAGCAAGCACAAUCCCAGAAGUGGGCUCUCCUUUCUGAAUCUCCCUGAACCCGUCUGGUCCUGGCCAGGUGAAUCUUUGCAGUAAACCCUAAUCUGAAGAGUGUGCUCCUCUGCUUCCUCCUGUAUUUGUGUUGGAUGACUGUUACAGUGGUACUCCCUUCCUUUGCUCAAAAGAUAAGAUUUUAAGUAUCAAAUAAGUGAUAUUAGGACUCCUCAGUGCCUAAAACUCUGCACAAGAAAUUCCUUCCUCAAUCUGCAGGAAAGACUUUUCUUCCAUGGGAGGGACUGGAAGGUGUCAUUCAUUCUCCCUGUCUCACUGACCAUACAAGCAAAGCAGGAGUGAUUUGUGCAGGUUUAUGUACUUUCAAAAUUGUUAAGCGUUCUUAAGAAAGUGGCAUUCCAUAUCAAUGUGAAAUCUUAACUAGGGGGCUUAACAAAAAAAGCCUGUGCUGAAGGGCUGCUGAGGAUAGGGAGUGCUGUAAUUGGUAUAGCACUAAGUGACCACCACGACUAUGAGAGGAGUCAGUGUGUCAGUGGGACUGUGUGGUGCAUCCAGGAGGAAUAAUGGAACUAGCUCCUUUCUUGAGCUAGUUGAUAAACACAGGUAGUUCAGUAUUACUGGGAUGAUAAAAUUAUCUUUGAAGUAUCCUAGAUCAGCCACAAUUAACAAGAAUUUUGCACAUAAAAAAGGAAGUUUUUAUUUUGUGCCGACUUGUCAUGGGGUUUAAACCACUUGUUGUUUAAAACCAUGACACGACUUUAACGGUCUCUUUAAAUGCAGCAUAGAAAUAGAAAAAAGAAAUUUUGCUUGUACAUUUAGUUAUACUGUGUAGAUACUGUAUCCUUAAAUAUAUUGAUUUGCACUAUUUUUUGUAAGUUUGUUUGUAUCUUAAGUUGCUCUGUUUUCAUUGUUUUCAUGGUAGAAAUAUUUUUUAGAGAUUUAUUGAGUCACUGGUAAAGAAAAUAAUGAGUCCCAGCACUAGGCAGUAUCUGAAACAAGCAAGUCUAUUUGUAUUGUAUGGUUUUUUUAACAUGUAGUGUCUAGGGCAGAAUAAAAAUCAUGCUCUGGUUAUUGUUUUUUUUUUCUUAUUUUAAUACCAAAUAUUACUAAAAUACAGCAGGCUAAUUUUUUUACAUAUUGAGGGCUGAAUCCCUGACCCCUAAAUAGAUAAAAUUCACUUCUGAGCAGAAAAUUAUCACAGUACUUUUCUUCCAGCUGCCUGCUGUUAGGAGGACAGAUACAAGCAUACAAAAUCCUGGCCAACAGAAACAAGAAUUAUGUGUGUGAAGCCUUUGUUAGUUUGGUCCCUUACAAAAAAAAAAUCAGGAUUUGGUGACAUAAACUACCUACUAAUGAAGAAGAUAUUAUGACUAGGACUGGCUUUGAAGUACUGUGAAAUGCCUGGUUAGCUUCCCAUACAGGUCUUUUUUUGCUCAGAAUGAAGGUUUUAUAUUUAAAUGGUGCCUCUGUAGAGCUCUUAUGUGCAUUUUCUUUUUCUUAAAGAAACCUCAAAUGUCUUGUGCUAAAUUAUUUGCACCUUUCUAUAAUAUUUGACUUGUUGCCUGUAAAGGAGUAUGUGAAGGGUUAUACUUGUACUUGUGACUGAAGGUACUGGCUGUCUUGCACAUUAAAACCAUACAUGUAAA